CAGUCAGUCACCUAAGGGUAAGUCGAACACUCUUAUGCAAUAGCUAGUUGCCUCUAAUGGUAUAUUUAAAGUUGUUGCAAUAUGAUUCGACGGAGCAUGUUACAAAACAACUUUAAUUAUGCCCUUUGGGGCAGCUAGCUAUUGCUUAAGGUUGUUCAACUCAUCCUUAGGUGACUGACUGCACCAUUUAGCUCAUCUAUGGCUGGAUCAUAUCAUGGUUAAGUGCCGACCAACGCACCGCACCUCCUUAUGUUUCUAAAAUAAUCUGGACCUGUAUUGUGUGAGUGAUUGACUGGAGGCCCUGUGUGAAUUAUUCAGAGUAGGCUGUUCACUUAGGAGGCUGUGGUUGUCUUUCUGCUCCCCUCGGUCUCUACUGUACACAGCCUUUCCACAAGCAGGUGUCCCCUGAAGCGGCUACCGUUUGCAGUGUGUCUUUUGGUUGGUUUAUUUACAUGAAACACAUUAGUGAUUUUGUGCUACUCUGACAUCUGGAGUAGUACUGCAGUUUUUGGGUGUAACCAUUGCUGAUAAUUCUGCAUCGUGUGUUUUGUGUAGGCUACAGGACCCCCAAGGAGUUAUCCCUCUGCAUGAGUAGCACUAUCUCAGAGAAAUGGAGACAAGGCGACUGAGAAGAGACAUCGAAGCCCUUCUGGGAGAUUACAUUGGUCAGAAACUGAGAGAGAAUGGCUUUGACCCCAAGGGGAAAGGAUCCACUAGCAUGCUGGAUGACCUGGCCCAUUAUGACUUGGCCAUAAGUGUUGCCCUUUGGUGGCUAAAGAAAGAGGAGCGACAUGAUGUUAUGGACAGAGACAUUGUUGGAGUGGGAAGCCCAGGUUAUAAUGACCAGUACCCCAACCACCUGGAGAGAGAAGCCAUGAUCCUUUCUUCCUUCGCUGGGAUGAUCCUGAAUAGCUUGCCUGUAAAAUACAUUCUUGCCCUCUACACCACCAAACCGUCUGCCGCUUAUCCCCACCAGCACUCCAAGAGCGCCAUUGUUCAUCCCUUCACCUUGUCCUAUCACCCGUUUGCCAUGCUGGGCUCAUUCAAGGCCGUGGACCACUCCAGAAAGCACACCCAGAAUUUGAAGCGAUGGCUGUCUGUGCAGGGUAAACGAGGUGCUGCCCCUGAUGGACGGAGGGCCUUGGUGCAGUCCUCCUCAUCCACAUCUAACUCCUUUCUCUGUGACAGUGGUGAGUCAUUGAAAGAACAAGCAGAGCAUUAUGAAGUACCACAAUAAUCUCUACAGGAUUAAGGAAAGUCCUUUCCUCUUCUGUGUUACUACACCAUUAUUAUAUUGUUAUUACAUGGUUAUUACAGGGUUAUUACAAGGUUAUUCCUGUGUUAUUACACUGGGUGAAAUUUGAUGUCCAUGUUAUGAGCCUGCUACUACUGGGCCUUCACAUUCAAGGAACUCUGGCCAAUAGUAAGUAUCAAUCCUCCAGUGUGUUAUCAUAUCACUAGGGGUUUCGUCUAUAUUUGGUUGUAGGUCAGACCAUGUCCAUCUAUAAGCAAUACAAAUGUUUGACUACAUCAUAGACACUAUUGUACAAUAAACCAUUCACUGUCUGUAACAACAAAGUUGCCUAGUUAAAUAAAG